AAAAAUGUGGCAAAGUGCAAGAAAUGCAUCAAAACGCACUGGCACACACUCGCAGCAUCCUAAUGGGCUUCAGCGAGAAUAGACGGACAAUUCAGCGCAUGAACAGGCUGUCGCUAAGGAAUUCACCUUAGGUGCCCCCCCCCCAAACGGGACAUUAUUUAGAAUUUCAAGCAAGGACCGGAAAAAAAGGGAGGAAAAACAAAGAGACAAGAGUUGCUCAUCAUGUCUCUUCGGUCGCUUGUUCGGGGUUUUGAGGAGGAGACGAGCGGACCAUAUUAACGCGCUCCAACGCCAUUUAACGCUGGGCAGCGGAGGCAAGUGGACUUGUCAGAUAGGUUUGCAUCUUUGAUCACAAACCCGACGUUGUGAUACAUGCAUUGGCGUAUCAGGGGGCAUCCAUAUUUCUCGGCAUCUAGCUUUUUUUUCACCAGAGGAGCGAUAUAGCCUGCUCUGACGUCUGCAUCAGAUAUUACCCAGUGCUUUUUCAAUGUGCAUUUUCCCCUCAGUGACUUUGCGCUGAUCUACAUCAUCAGCAGCGGCAACGGGAAGGGGGGAAAAAAGGGGAAUGAAAAUUUCAUUUUUCUUUUUUUUAAACCUGCCGCUCCCUUUCAGCCGACCAGCGUUUCCAGCUCAAAGAGAGAUCUUUUAACAAACAUCACGUUGUGGAAUAGUCUGGCGCCAGAGCAUCGCUGGAACCAUGCCUCUUCUGCAGAUUUGGACUGGGAAAUUUCAUCCGCCAAUUUGAUCAUCAAGAGGCUGCUGCUCAGUCAUUCAUGCCAGUGUUUGUGUUUUUAAGAGGAAGAAUACUUGUCAUCACUUUUAAAAGUAUUGUGUAUGCUGUUUUUUGAGCAAGAUGUCUGAUCUUCUGGUGUUGGUCGAGGGGCUCUGUGACCUGCACGGAUUUCCAUAACUGGGGAAAACAGCGGGGGCCAAUUACGAGGUUUUUAAAAUUCGAGAAGCCUAUUUUAAUGAAGACAUCGCAUGCGUAGAUGUAGGCUAGUUUACUCGACAUUUUUAAAAAGGCAAUUAUCUUUUGAUUGCCAAUUUUUACUUUGUGCAUUUUCGGGAGGACCACGGGACUGGUUGGAUUAUAGAAACUAAAUCUAAGGAUUUGUGGAGAUGUUGGGUCGUCAGGAAGAUAAAUUAUGUGGAAUUUUCUCUGCUCUGGCGGCUUUGUCCUUCGUAUGCUUUGUUCAAAGCUCCUCCACUGGAAGCACCGGAAUGUCUGUGGCCAAGACCACCGUGGACAAGUUGCUGAAGGGAUACGACAUCCGUCUAAGGCCUGAUUUUGGAGGUUCUCCAGUCAUCGUAGGAAUGAGCAUCAACAUAGCGAGCAUCGACUCCAUUUCAGAAGUAAACAUGGACUACACCAUCACAAUGUAUUUCCAGCAGAGCUGGCGAGACAAGCGUUUGGCCUAUGGCGAGCUGAACCUAAACCUGACUCUAGACAACCGUGUAGCAGACCAGCUGUGGCUCCCUGACACCUACUUCCUUAAUGACAAGAAGUCCUUUCUACACGGUGUGACAGUAAAAAAUCGGAUGAUCCGACUGCACCCUGAUGGCACUGUCUUAUAUGGGCUGAGGAUAACCACCACUGCUGCUUGCAUGAUGGACCUGAGGCGGUACCCUCUUGACGAACAGAACUGCACCCUGGAAAUUGAAAGCUAUGGAUACACCACAGACGACAUUGUGUUCUUCUGGCAAGGAGGAGACGACGCUGUGACAGGAGUUGAUAAGUUGGAGUUACCUCAAUUCUCCAUCGUGGACAUCCGCCUGGUGUCUAGGGAGGUCAGGUUCACUACAGGUUCAUAUCCAAGGCUUUCGCUGAGUUUCAGGAUUAAGAGGAACAUUGGAUAUUUCAUCCUGCAGACAUACAUGCCCUCCAUCCUGAUCACCAUCCUCUCCUGGGUCUCCUUCUGGAUCAAUUACGAUGCCUCUGCAGCUCGGGUGGCCCUGGGUGUGACAACGGUGCUGACCAUGACAACUAUUAACACCCACCUUAGGGAGACUCUCCCAAAGAUUCCGUAUGUGAAAGCCAUCGACGUCUACCUCAUGGGCUGUUUUGUUUUUGUGUUCCUGGCCCUGCUUGAAUAUGCCUUUGUAAAUUACGUGUUCUUUGGCCGGGGCCCUGCUCAGCAGAAGAAAAUCAAUGAGAGGCUGAACAAAGCCAACAAUGAGCGCACAAGAUAUGAAGAGAAGCGCCUGAGGGAACAGGACUCCAUUUCCGUGCCGUUUCAAACCAACACCUUCAGGUCAUUUACACAGCGAAGAAAUCUGUAUCUCGAGGAACAAAGAAAAGUUGGGGUGGAUGCAUACGGAAACAUCCUCCUCACCACGCUGGAGAUGAACAACGAAGUGAUGCCUUCCGACGUGGGGAGCAGCGUCAGUGACUCUCGCAAUUCGGUCAUGUCCUUCGAUAGCUCCGGGGUCCAAUUCAGGAAGCCCAUGGCGCCCCGAGAUGGCUUCAGCCACCACUCGCUGGACCGGAGUGCCAUGCGGAGCCGGGCCAACUGUCGGCUAAGACGGCGCUCCUCGAAGCUGAAGUUGAAAAUCCCAAACCUGUCAGAUGUUAGCACCAUUGACAAAUGGUCCCGGGUCAUUUUCCCUAUCACCUUUGGAUUUUUCAACCUAAUCUACUGGUUGUACUAUGUGAAUUGAUGUGCAUCCCACUAGGAAUCAUGGGCCAUAUUUUGAGAGCACAUUAAAUUGGCUUUGAUACAGUUCCAAAAUAUGUAUACACAUAUACAAGUUGAACAUAUGUAUAUGCAUAUUUCUAUAUAUUAUAUUUAUAUAUACACGUGUGAAAUCUGAAGGACCUUUCUGCUGUACAAAGUAUUAAUAGGAUGACUUGAAUGUUUAAGAAGAAUUGUGAGAGAAGUAUUUCAAGGCUUUGAGUUUCUUUUUCCUCCUGAAACAAACAAACAAGAGACCCCACCAGGGGCUUUUGGAACUAGAAAGACUGCAUGAUAUUUUUGCUAAAAAAAAACAAGAAAAAAGAGAAAGUGAAAGCUCUUGAGAGAGAAAAGAUGUCUCAGAGUCCCACUGACUUUUUAUUGAUACUUAUUGUAAUCAGAUUCCUCUACUGCAGCUCAUGAAAUCAGUGGUGGCUUGUCUGUUCAGGCAUCAGCUGAGUGAGAUCCUUGACACCCCGAGCCCGCCCUACGCCCCGAGCCCAGCCGCACUCACCCAGCCGACCCCUCCUACAACCCCCCCACCCAUCACCCAUGGAUAACAUGCACGGAGAAUUUCCGGUUCUACUAUGUACAGCAACCUUGUUUGGAUUAUGUGUUGUUCCUUGGGGUUUUUGAAGUGAUAUCGUUCUUUCUUGGACAUCAGCUCUGGCCUUAAUGGUCUCCAUUAACGGGCCGUGUAGAUGGGAUGCUUGACCGCCGCAUUCUCGCCCAGCGUCAAUGCAAACUCGUAUUCCUUUUCUCUUCUCAUGUUAUUUUUAGAAACGCGUCCUGGGAGCUGGGGGUCUUUUUCAUUAUGGUUAAAAAUAAAUGCUGAAUAUUGUAGAUAUGAUUUUGUCUUAAAAAAAAAUACUGUGAUUUCAGAGAGUGUCAGAUCACGUUCUAGAGCUAGGGCAUUAUGAGAUAAAAGAGUCAAAGGUAUGCAUUAUUCAUUUUGAUUGUUUGAAAAGAGACAUAUUCUGUACAUUUUAUCAUUCGGUAUUCUCAUGAAAGUAUACUUGUACUGUUUCUUUCCUCCUAUUAAUUGUUUCACAUGCUCUUUAGAUGCAGAUUUCAUUGGUGUUCAUUAUCCUGCUUUGUGUUUGUUCGCUCAAAGGAAACGGGAGGUUGCUUUCGCGAUUCAGCUGAAACUAUUCCACAGUGACGAUAGCAGAUCUUGUAUAUUCAAAAAGAGUCAACAUAUCCAACCACAGUUUGACCAGUUGCCAUUCGAUAUGCUGUUUGUUCGUUUCUGUAUUCCGUGUCGCACCCUCUGUAAGCACAGUCAGUAAAUGGCCAGCCCAGGAUUCACCAGUUGACACUCACGUUUAAUCAGUGCCAUUCCCCAAAUGAGCCGAACCACAAGGAUGAGAAGCAGAAUCUCAUUCAGGGAGGAUACAAUCAUCCUUGGGGAGAACAGUGUGUAAUAAAUAGCCAUGAAUUGAAAUGAUGACUGAAAGGCCUAUAAUAAAUUGUGUUUUGCUUCGCUCACACACACCAGUGCUCAGGUUUAUGCGCAGGGUGAAAAAGUACUUCAGGUCCUUAAUGUUUUUAGGAAAUCAGUGAGUAUAAUUAUGCUUUUAUUGGUUGUGGAAUCCAAGUAGCUAGACUAAGUAAACGCUAAAACAAUAGUCAGUAGUCACUGAUGGGAACAUAGGACAGUGCUAAUAGAAAUUAAUAGAAAUCUUCCCAUGCAGGUUUUGCUUCACAUCAACGUCUCCUCCAGCUUAACAGCAUCUACUAGGAGCAACAGGCUCAGAGCAGAACCAACAAAGACAAAUCAGUCAUUGGCUCCCGUAGCAGAAAAGGCAUUGUCUCAUUAUAAUACGGGAACAGCCUGGUUCCUGAGAGGAAUACAGAAUUAGUACGAGAGGGAAAUUUGUCAUAUACAGUACACAAACAGAAGAGGAUGAUGGAAGGGCUGCAGAGUAACAAGAUGAAGGUGGCAAAGCAUGGGUAUCAAUUUAUCAUCAGUAAUAUCAACUCCCCUCGGGAGCACUGAGUGCAGUAUGCAUAAGACGUCUUCAAAUAGGAAUACUGAUGAGAAACCAAUUUGGUUCCAUUAUUCAUAGUCCAGAUUGCACUGUGAUGUGGCCUGAGUCUAGUAUUUAUGUUUGUCUACAUUUUGACAUAUACUGUAGCAGCAAACGAAAAAAAGAUCCCUCUUAAAAAUCCAGCAAUCCACAAAAACGUGUAGGAAAGUAAUGAGAUAAACAGAGAUUAGCGUUACACUUAUUUUCCUCACGUCGCAGAGACAGAAGAAAACCUACGAUGAGCAAAGCUAUCAUCAACUGCAUGAGGAAAAGGAUUCAAACGAAUCAGUAUCUGAGCUCAAACCUUCUUGUCGGAUGUUCACAAUGUGAAUUUUGCAACAAACAGAAUCAGAUGUGAUGCUGCAGAGCUAGAGAGACUGAGUUUUAUUUGCACAUUUUUUGUCUUUCUUUUGAAAAUCGUGCCUACACUACCCACAAUGCAACACAAGCACCUAUAGUUUGGUGAUUGAUUCAGGUGUGUCAUGAUAGUAGCAGCUAAUGUAGCCUCAAGGCGACGCCCCAGAUUUUAUUUUUUUUUCAGGGAAGAUGGGAUUAUCUCAUUGGUAAAACUGCACACAGCAGAACAACAGCGUUCAAACAGUGUAGCUGUACAGACGUGGGUCCAGAUUUAGUGUGUGUUCCGUCCACCGUUCAUCCUGGUCUGCACACUAACAGCUUGUCAAACUGUUUAAAGGCAAUAUGAUGGCUCUUUGCCAAGUCUUGAGUCAAUAUAAUGUAAUAAGAAUCAGUUCCAGAGCAAGACGGGUUGUGAAACGUGCAACCUAAGGCCCCAUAAGUGGGAUGUUAGCAAAACCUUUAGAACACGCUCCAUCAGGAAGAAGCCUGUCCCACCUACUCCUCUAUUUUAUAACUAGAUACUAAAUAUCACGUUUUCCUUCAGGCUGAUUUAUUCCAAGUAACUAAUACAAAAAUGCCUUUCGAGGUUUUAAACUUAAAAAAAGUCAAUGUAUAUCUUUAAUGAACUCCAAACAUACGCACACACAGAGGAGGAACAUUAACUCCCUUUGCAUGCUCACAGUAAGUAUAUCCACCACUCAUUCCACUCGGAACAUGUAUUACCUGCUUUCUGAACAUGAAUUCAGUACAUUCAUCUCCAAAGCUGUGAGGAUCUUCUGUUCUGUGCUUUUAUGCUUUUAUUUUGGAGUAUUCGCUUACGAGAGAGAAAACACAUUUCUUUUGAUGCAUAUGUUCAAGGAGCAGAGGAGGAGAAAAAAAGUGUUUAACUGAUUUCAAUGUGAAUUUUCUUGCCUCUAGUGUAUAUGUGUAAUUACAUGUGAAUUGUACUGUAAAUAUGAUAUCUUUCACUUAAUAGUUCUUAAUGCAUGAACAAAAACAUGGCAGUUCGUAAUACCAGCUAGCCUCACUGCUAACGGCAUGGACAGCUUCUCUAGCAUUGGCAUACUUCUGCAAACAAAACCCGAAAAAAUGAAACACGAGAAAUAAAACGGAGCAAGCAAAAUAACGGAGAUGACGGCAAUUGCUCGGUUCGCUGUCGGCAAACGUGACGGUGUUCUCCUGGAUGAAAUUCACCUGGCGGGUUCAUCAAAGCCAACCCCUCACUCAUAGCGAACUUAGCGAUAGCAGGGGGCGAGCGGCUCGCUGGCUUUUAGGGGCUAGAGGAACAGGUUUGCCUUAAGAAGGCGAGUGGGAUGUUUAUUCCUGUUUCUCAAAAAGACAGAUGUGUGCCCUUGAGCAAGGUACUCAGCCUAUUGCCCGAAUGCAGCUGCUCACUAGCUGUAGACGUCCGCGUCUGCUACUUAGAAAAAACGUAACGACACACCUUGUGUCGUUCCCCUGAACCCAGCACUGUCUCAUCCCACCUUUGUACUUCAUUUUCACAUGCUUGAAGAUGUUCUGUCAUUCUCUGUUUACGUCAGUGUUCACUUGAGAUUACACCAAAAAAACGAAAAGCCUGUGAACCCCAAACUUCCUUGGUGAGGUCCAAAUGGAACCGAGGCUGGCGUCUAUUAAAGGAGUAGACCACGCAUGUGAAUUUCAUCCGCCCAACACCAGAACAAUGCCGACACAGUCCUCACUGCUGGCAGAACUUUUGUUGGCGUGUUCAUUACUUUGUAAACCUUGAAGGUUUUGUUUUGCAUGACCUGAGUUUGGAGAGGUUUAUUUUCCUAUAUCUUUACGUCACGCCAUUUGUUUCACCGCCACCGCCAGGAAAAGAAAGAUCCAGUGUUUACAUGCUCCAAUUGCACUUGUUUUACAGCCAGCUCUUUAAACCUUGUGAAACAAACUCUUUGUAAAACUGGAGGGAAAGCGUGAACGUGCUGUAGAACGUACAUCGCGUGAUCUGUGCGGAUCCUGGAUUUGUACUUCUACCAAACUGUACUUGCUGUAAAUCGCGCCGUUCGGAAUCGAUGCACCGAGUGCAUGCUGUAGUUUUAUCAGGUCCAGCAUAAGCAUCAACAUCAGUCGCCCUUCAACUACAAAGGAUGUAAAGGAUGCUCACCAGUAGCAUCUGAACGUAAGCCAUGUGAUUGCACACUGAGUGGGUGUCCCCUGUAUUUUUCUCUUUAAUAAGUUGCCUCUGGUGAUGGUCUGUUGUUGAUUCAUGUUUGAUGAUACUUGCAAAGAAGCUGUGCUGAAUCCCAGUUCCACAUCUGUAUAAGAGUCCACCAGGGAGACUAUCUGUACGUAACCACAACGAUUUUCAAACACUUUAUAAAAAAUUGGCAAAUGCUUUCGAUCGACACCCACGAGAUCAAAGGUUUUUAUUUUUGUUACAGUACAAAUUAGUAAUUUUGAUUCAUUUCUAUGUUCAUUUCUGAUUUCUUGUAUUUGUUAUGGAUUGUUAUUCUUACUGUUGUUGUUGUUUUACCAUAAGAAGUGUAAUUCAUCUGAUAUACUGGCACUGGAAGAAAAAUGCAUUUGGUUUUCGUACUGUAACUGUUUCUGUUCACAUUGGGCGCUUAUUUGAUUCAGUUGUUUAAUAAGGUGUUGGGUUUCAUUUGGAGUAUCCGUCCUCAUGGAAUCAACAUUUGUGUAGUAUGAAGUUGUAUUUUUUUUGUCAGUGCAAGUUAAUGUUAUAGUGUCAAUCAGCUUUUUUAGGUGUUUGAACAAAAUGUGUUUUUUACAAAUACAAAGUGUUCAAGUAUGUGGUAUAAAAAAGGGUUAUCAUUCAAAUAACAGACUUUUUACAAAUAAAGGCUUAUACAGUAAAGAAAGCUAAUGUCUUUUCAUUUGCCCUUUGUGGACUAAUAUACAGUAUUGUUUCUUAAUUUAUUUUUCAAUAUUAGUCCUCAAAAGGUAAAUCGUACACAAUGUUGCAAAAUAAGAGGAUCAAAUCAGGUAUCUAUCAUUGCUAUUCCAGGUUGUUGUCAGAGCUCUCACCUCUUAGUUGGUGUCUUGUUUUGAUGAGGACUGUUGCAAAUGACGACAGUCCAAAAACAAAAUUUAAGAAAAUCAAGGGUGUCUUCUUUUAAUUUGAUUACAAAACAUUGCGCGUUUCUGAGAAUAUACCUCCUUUCAUACCCUAUUUCCUGAAUAAAGACGCAAAGUGA